UCUUUAUUUUGAAAAUUUUGCUGAGUUCAUCGAAGUAAAUAGGUAAGCACCAAGGAGUAGAAGUGAUUAAACAUAAGAAAAAUCUGCAAAAAUGGAAAAAUAGUGAGUACACUUUACCUCUAAUGCAAUUUUACCUUCUGUGAAACUAGGAAAUGUUUUUGACAAACAAAAACUUAUUACAAAAACACACGUGUUUGGAAAAGAGGGAGUGCCAGGGUAAUGUGAUGAAUUUUUAAAAAAUGAAAUCUGGAUUUUUAUAAAAGCUUAGAUCAUGUUUUCAUUUCUAUUUUAUUUUAAAGACCAAGCAUAUGAAUUUUUUAUUUAGAAUUUAUUUUUAAAACUAUUUUCAAAUUAUAUUUCAAAAUUAUUUUGAAAUAAAAAUAAAAAAAUCUUAUAAAAAUUGAAAUUUCAUGUUUUAUCCUUUAUAAAAAAAAUGAAAGCUAUUUUUAUUUCUAUUUAUGUUCCUAAAAACAAGCUAUAUUUUCAUUAAAAUUUUAAAGCAAAUUUCAUAAAUAAGAAGUGAAUUUAUGAUUCUUAAUUUGUCAAAUAAUUUGUUUGGAACUUUUUCUCUCAUUUUUUAUGAAUAGUUAUUCGCAAGUUCAAAUUGACAUAACAUGAAAUCUAUUAGUCUAAAAGUGCCGUGGAGAGCAAUAAAACUGUAUAGAUCACCAAAUUGAUGCCAAUGAGUAAAAUGUCCUUGUGCUUUAGGACCCUAUAAUAAUGAGAAAGAAUGUGCCAAAUUAUUAGUAGGAAUAUAAACUACGAUAAUUAAGAAAUUACAAUUUUUUAAAUAGGAACUGGUCAAUUGGAUAUUUCAUGAAGUUACAAAGAUUUCGUGGUAUAUAAUUUUGAGCCAUCUAAAAAAAAAGUUUAGUAUUUAAUACUUAUUAAUAAAGGGAGUAUUAUAAUGGUCUUAAUUUGAUUUCUCAUUUUCUUCGCAGCCCUUCCUUUUUUUUAAAAAUAUAUAAAAUUUUAUAUUUUUAUCUUGAUAUUUUGAUUUUGAUUUUAUUUAUUAUAGUUUGAUCGACCAUUAAUCACAUAAUAUAAUAACUUCUUUUAAUUAUUUUAAAAACAGAUAUAUAAAUUCUUAUUUAAUAUUUUUCAAAGCAUUUAUUAUUAUUAUUAUUAUUAUUGCACUCUUUAAAUGAACCCAAAAUCCCAAACUGGUUCCUCAAACAUAGAAGCAGUUAAAAGACGAUUCAGUGAGGACUGGAGAAGACUCGAGCGCAUCACUCAGAGAGCUUCGAAAGUUCAAAACCCAGAAAAAUGGCGGCCUCGUCAUAACCCACGUUCUCAACCCUCAGAGUCAUCAUCAUCUGCGGCCACAAUGUUCGGAGCUCAGGCGCCUUCCUCCGCCUUUGGCACUCCCUCCUCCACCCCGGCCUUCGGCACGCCCUCCUCCACCCCGGCCUUCGGCACUCCGUCGACGCCGUCUUUCGCCACCGGAUUCGGUUCCUCCCUCUUCUCCACCCCGUUCUCUCAGCAACAACAACCGCAGCAACAGCAGCAGACUCCGUCGUUUCAGCAGCCAAGUGCCGGCGGCUUUGGCUCCCAGACGCCAUUCGCGGCACCGCCACAGUCGUCUCUUUUUGCUCAGUCCACUCCUCUCUCGCUCCCGAACGCGCAGUUGACCACUCAGAUGGCCCCCGUUGCUCCCCUCCCUUUUUCUCUUGCCGAUCGCGAUAUUCAGGCAAUUGUUGAUGCUUACAAGGACGAGCCAGGAAACCCUAAGUAUGCUUUCAAGCAUUUGUUGUUUAGUGUGACUGAGCCACAGUAUAGGGUGAAACCUGCUGGCGUAUCAGAUAUCAUGUGGGCAGAGGCUAUGGGGAAGCUGGAGGGUAUGGAGAGUUCCAAUCGGGAACGGUUGUGGCCUCAACUUGUUCAGGGUUUCAAGGAUCUUUCACAGCGUCUUAAGCUUCAAGAUGAGGUUUUUCUUUCAGAUGCUGAGCGGUUGCGAAUGACCCAAAGCAAUGUGAAGUUGCUUCAAAGACACUUCCAAGCUGACACUCUUCCUUGGAUUCAAAGAAUGAGACAGAAAGAGCAAGGUCUUCAAAGGCGUCUCCUAAGGGUGAUGAGAAUAGUGGAGGCAUUGGAAAACAAGGGGUAUCGAUUGCCAUUAAUGAAAGGAGAAGCUGAAUUGGCUGAGAAGUUGGCUGCAAUAACUAGACAGUUGAAAGGGUCCGGAGCAGAGCUUUCCAAGAGGGUUCAAAAUCUGCUCACUGUAUAUCGAUUUCAUGCUGGUGCAAUUGGUGGUGGGAGUUCUGUUUAUCUUCCAGGUUCAACUAAAAUACAUGAACAGAGUCUCACUGACAUGCAAGAGGUCUUACAACAGCAGACAGAGGCCAUUGCAAGGCUUGGGAAUGUUUUGAAGCGAGAUAUCAGGGACAUGGAGAUUAUAAUGUCGGAGGAUAUUGAAAUGAGAGAAGAUGCAAGUUGAGCCAUUCUGAUUGGACAAGCAUUUUCAUCUGUUCAUGAAGCUGUAUUUUUUUUUUUUUAUGUAUUUUCAUUUGUACUAAAAAGGAAAUCAUCAAUUACAGAUGACUGUUGGCUUCUCCAGAAGUUGGCUAAAGGUCAUUUUUUUGGCUGGUCUGAGCAUUUGUAGCGGCUACGUUGACCUUGAAUACAAUUCUGUGUCAGCUUUACUUUUUUCGGAA